UCAAAACGAAGGCACCAUGGAUGACGAAUAAACACUAUCAAGUCUGGAUCACAUGAACUUGACCGUUCCCUUGCCCUAUCCCCUCUUUCUUGAUAACUUUAUGAUUUUUGCUUUUUUAUAAAAAUGGUACAUUUUUUGAAUUGUUUUUUACCAUUAGAAAAAAAAAAAAAAAAAGAUUGGGGUGAUAUUCUUGUGGUGUUAUAAAUUGUGGAACGAAUUCAAUUGAUUUAUUUAAUUUUGGUGAAAAGAAAAGGAAAAUCCGCGUGGUCGCGAUUCCCAAAUAUAUUUGGCGGGAAGGCUGGACCUUCCAAGCGAUUAGGCUUAUUUGUCACGCUUCAGCCAAUUUUACUUAGCAAUUGGGUGCUAGAGUGGGAGGGAAGGAGAAACGAAGCGAAGAUGUACCGAAGCAGUGAAUUCGAUGGCAGCGCAGCCGCCUUCAUGGGUGGCGGUUUCAUGCCCUCUCAGACUACCCAGCCGCCAGAUUCCUCCUUCUUGCCUUCAUCCAAAAAUCGCGAGGCUAGAUGUUUAUUAGCACUGACCGUGAAGCAGAUAUGUGAGCUAUCAAGCAAUGAUGAAUCCAAUUUCGUCAUUGAUGGCGUUGAAGUGACCAAUGUUACAAUUGUGGGGAGGGUAUGCCAAAAGGAAGACAAAACUAGCGAGUAUACCUUCCUUGUCGAUGAUGGGACUGGGCAGAUUGAAUGUACCAGAUGGGUUCAAGAACGCAUAGACACAGAUGAAGCGGAGGGAAUCUUAAUUGGAAAGUAUGUUCGUGUUCAUGGACACUUGAGAGGCCUACAGGGUAGAAGGUUCAUAAAUGUCUUCUCCAUUAGGCCUAUUACUGACUUCAAUGAGAUCACUAGCCACUUCAUCGAGUGUAUUUACGUCCAUUUCUACCAUAAAAGAAUACGGCGACAGGGUACCACUACUCAACCACAGCUGGUAAAUUCAACCAUGAACACCCCUUUGAAAGGAUACCAAACUGCCCCACCAAAUCAAUCUUCUGCUUAUUCUGCCGCUGAUGGACUAAACAAUAUUGGUCAAAUGAUACUGAAUUUUUUGCAGCAGCCCAUAUACCUUGCAAACGAGGAUGGAGUGCAUCGCAACGUUGUUGGCCAGCAGCUAAAUAUUCCAAUGGAUAAGCUCAUGGACGAAUUACAAUCUCUGGUUGAAAAUGGCUUUGUUUACUCAACAAUUGACGAUGAUCACUUCAAGUCAACUGUUAAUGCUUGAACUCUACGAUCUACCAGAGUAAAAUAACUCAUUAGGUGAAAUCGUUAGAUAGGACAAGAGCCAUGUUCUUCCAUUGGAAACGAUGUUAUCGACAUUAUUAUAUCAGUCUGUGGUAGGAGCAUAUUCUACUUCUAAGCAAACAAUCUCUCGACCAAUUUGUAGAUAGAUUAAAAGAUUCAGGUUACAUUGUCGUGCUUUAUGUUUACUCUUCUUAUCCUGUAUUAUUGUUAAUUUAUUUCAUCUAUUUUCGUAACCUAUAAUAACCUUGAAUGGGGUGAUAAACAGUGCCAAUUGACAAUGUAUAAUGGAGAAAAGAUGCGACAUUGUUUACUGAUUUCUUCACAGCUAUGCUAUAUGAAGUCUAUUUUUGUGAUAACAGAAGGGCAGCGUUGCAUUUACAUUUGCACUCC